UCAAAAUUAUCAGCAUUUUCUGUGGUGUUUGCGCAUGUCAGAUGAAUGUUGUAGGCUCCAGAAAUUACAGGAACAGACUUCACUCCCAAGUGUUACCAAUUUCCCACCCUAAAUGGGUUACAUAAGCCCUCGUUAGUGGUUCUUUUAAUUUAUGGACGGUUUCUUUUAAUGGUGAAAUAUGUAAUUUUAAAAAGUUAGAAAUAGUUUUUCUGAACUCACUCUGGAAAGGGAAGGAGAAUUUCUCCAUUUUUUUUUCACCCAAACAUUGCAUAAUAGCAGAAAUGUCAAAGAUUUCCAUGGGGUUUAAUUUCAUUCUUCAUGUGGCUGCGGUCAUACAAGAAGUUUGAACACUGCAGGGGUUGGCAGAUUUUUGGAAGAUCACGCAUCCUGGGAUAAGUUUUCAGCCUGAGCUUUACCAAGGAAUGCCAGCGGCCUUAUUUUUCAAGCUGUGGUCGUAUUAUUAUAUGCUAGUGUCUUUUUUCUUUUAAAGGGAGGAGGGAAAAAAAAAAGGUGCUGGCUGGUAAUUGGGUAUCGUACUGCGGCCCCGAGCCGUGUGUGUGGCAUGAGAACCUAUAGAACCCUCCUGAAACCGUUCCUCGAGAAGUGCCAGUGUGCCCUCUUGUCCUUCUGAUGGCCCAAGCAGUGACAGCCGUGCAUCCACUCUGCCUCUUCUCCUCUGCGUUAGCGUGGCAUUAAAUAUCAUUGCCAUGACAACUAUUUACCAGGAAGGCAGCUGCUGCUCUCCCUGUUUCUCAGGUAGGAAAUGGGGCAGGCAGAGGGGAUGACCUGGGCCGUACCAAAACCCGCGGUGAGGUGUGGAGUGCAAAAUGUGGUUUUGAUUAUCAGACUCCUUCCCCACCUUAAAGUCAGUCUCCUAGGAAAGAUGCUUAUUCCGCAGAGCAUCCAAAUGGUCGCUUUUAAAUUAGGAAUGUGAUUGCAGGCUUCAAAGCAGAACAAAACGCUCUGUUCUGUUGUAUGGAGUUUUGAUAAAUCACAAUCCAGUGGUUGCGUUUUGCUGGGUUACUCUGUCUUGAAAUUGAGCCUGAGCCAAUGUUUUGCAACCCGUGGUAAGGUGGUGAGUUUGAGAAACGCGAGCAGCAGUUCACUGCAGAAAUGGCUUUGCUGUAGCUGCAAAAAGGUGUAAUGCAAGGAAGAAUUUGCAUUUCUCCAUUGCACACAGCAGUGGUUAGCAGCCCUGAAUCCUGGUCCAGCACCUGUGUAAGGUUGGUACCAGAACCAGCAUCACCCUCAUGCCUGCUGGGCUGCCGUGGCUUCCUGGGGCCACAAAUGAGCGUUUCCUUGCCCAAAAGCUCUGGGUGGGGGGAGGGGGGGGGGGGGGGUUUCUGGGUCACACUCUGAGUCUCUGCUUCUUGUUGCUGAAGUCACGGAUGGUUAGCAGCAACUUGCUGGAUCGAGCCUUCAGAAGAACGUCCUUCCCUCUCUGUUCUUUCUCCUUUUGUGGCGUAGGACCUAACUGUUACUGGCUGAGUGGGUUACACAAAAGGGCUUUAAAAUCACUGCAUUCCCACUUGAAAGCCUCCUUCUCUGGGCUUGCUGGCAUUGUGCACGUAAGGAGGAAUAUUGUGUGCUGUUCAGAUUCUCUCACAGAAAGAAGCAGUAACAAGAACAAUCUGUGCAAAAGAAUUUAGCGCAUUAAAGAUGGGGGUAAUAGUCAUUCUCAUUUGUCCUUUUAUGUGAAACAGAUUUUAUUUUAAUGUACACUCUGAGUAGCUUAACCAUAUCCAGAAGCUUGUUUACCAGGGCAAAAAUCGACUUACUCGCAAUAUAAAUUAAAAGCACAAAGAGAGGCGGGCCCGUGGUGCUGCGUGCUCCUGCUGCCCCAGCCCGGCAGUGCUCCUGCAGCGCGCACCUUGCGGGCCACGCGAGAUGGGGCAUCUCCGCGCUCCUCGUCUCGCCGCACGGAGCAUCCACCCAUGUGCUGCACAUCUGCUCCUCGCAGGCCGUGCCGCGGCUCUGCUGUGGGCGUUGUGUUUCUCUGCCGCUGGACACGGAUCUGUCCUGCGCUGGCUCUUACAUUUUUAAGGCAUGUCACUUCUGAUUCGUUUUGUACAGUGGUGGAUUUCAGCAACGUGUGACUUGUCAGAAAGGGAUGCAAAUUGCUGCGGGUAUUUAAAAUGAGACUUGGUGUGACUGUUAGAUAAAGCGCUGCGAAAUGGUGCUGAUGGAGCACGUUACCUGCCCCAGCAGCAGCAGUGCUGUGACAGCCAUGAACAGAAACGCGAGUGCUGAGCCCAUGGAAAAGGCAAGGGAUGCAGGAUUCCCCUUUACAAGUUACCUCUGUCAGGUGUUGUCUCCAUGCUGACUCGGUGCCCCCCAGUCCCUCGCUGUGCUGCUCCUGCAGGGCUGGGCCCCACAUCAGCCUUCUCCGGGCUGGCUGGGAGCCGGAGCGGCUCGCUCCCAUCUCAUCGUAUUCCCUUCUGUCUCGUUCCGCAGGAUCUGACCUCUGAGGAGAGAGCGGGGCUGCAGCGGCGGGGGGGCUGGGUGCCGCUGCCUGCAGGUGUCUGCUGAGGUGGGACCCUCCUUGGCCAUGGAGGUGGUGCUGGAAACGUCUGUAGCUCUCCCCAGCCACAUCUCUGUCAGGCUCCAUCCUGUUCUUACGUUUGACAUCCACCAGCCAUGAGCUGCGGAGCUUCAGAGCCCCAGCGAAGAGCAGCCAGUGCUUGAACUGCUUUUUGCCAAGGCUUCCUCGCUGUGAGCCCACAGGGCGAGCUCUGCUUUUGGAGCUGCUCUUGCGCUGAGUGAGCCCAGGGAACCCGGCCGUGCCCGCUGCCCUCCAGCCCCGCAGAGCUCCGGGCACCCAGGGGCAGUCACAAAGCACUCAGGCUGUGCACAAUCCUUUCCUUAACUCAAUUUUUGAAAGUAAUUGGAACAGUCGCAUCCUGGUGUUCAUUAAUAUAGCUUUAAAUAUUUAAUAGGCCAUCUUGGCUUCAUUCUAGCCUGCAGCAAUUACUUCAAGCCCGACAACAAGCGGAGAAGUAAUUUUAAGGUCAAAGGUGAAUAAAAUUAAACACAGGCCAGCAAUCUUUCCACUAAAGUGUGAGCUGGGAACUAACGCUGUCCUUCCCCUCGUCUCUAUUUGCCUGUGUCCGAGGUACAUAAAAACCUCAAAGAGAAGAGCGGCUUCGAGUGGGACGCCGUGCACCCAUGGUUGCAACUGAAUGGCUCCAAAGAAGCGUUCAUCAGCGAUGUGCAGUGUGCCACAGGAACUUGGACCUUCUCCACUCUGCCAACUGGGCUGCAAACUCCUGUUCCCAUUCUGCCUUCGAAGAAGAAAAUGUGACAAAGCCUUCAGUAAAACCAGAGCCUGAAGGAAAUAUCAGGUGUUAACAUCUAAUAAAAAGCUAACGCGCUGGAAUGAACUGGGGUUGCAAGGUACCUCUGUGCGGCUGAAGAACGGACCAAAUGCAGCGUUUUUAUGAUGGUGACAGGAGAGAAUCCCUUCACGCAGUGGCACAGCAGCGUGCUGUUGGUCUGCUCAGCUGCACGCUCUGUUGAGAGGGGCGGGCUCCGCAGCCCAGACGUUCCGUGAGCACCGUGGGUUUGCCGUGGAGCUUUGCUGAAUGAAGCCCUCCCUGCACCGACCUCCAGCCCUCAGCGGUUCCCUCCCCUGGCAGCUGUGCAGCCUGGCUCCCACAGCAGGUCCUGCUGGGUCCCGGCGCCCUGGGGCAGGAUCUCUGUCCUCUGCUGUGCACUGUGUUCUCCACCGUGCAGGGCAGGAGGUGAAGAACCAUUUCUAACCCUGAUUUGGGCAGCAAACGGAGUUUCCAGGGUAGCAGCGUGGCAGGGCGUUCGAGGCCUGGUGCUCCCUGUGCAGCUGUUGGCUGGAGACCUUGGAAUGCAGCUGGUGACUGCAGCUCCGGUGGCUCAAGCAGUAAGAGGAGCAGCCUUCUGCUCAACAAUUAAGUGCUUGUGCUGCAGACUGAGAAAGCCGCAGAGCUGCCUUGGCCCGGAGCUGGGAGACGUCAUGGAUUCCUGAGUGUGAAGUUUGCAGGAAAGCCCUCGGUUUGGGAGAUGGAGGCGAUCCAGGGGUUUCCAUGGCACUGGGAUAAACAGGAGGAAACAGUGAGGGAAUCCCGUUAUUUUACAGCAUUCAAAGACUAUAAACACUCGGAGCAGGGAAGGAAGUGGCCUUUCCCUCUCUAGUAACCCUCAUCUCAGAGCAGAGAACUGACUUCACUUCAGGAACAAGCUCAGCCCAGUUCGGAUCCCUCUUAGCACCUCCAAACGCUUACAGAGGAGGCGAGCAGGAGGGGUUCCCUCUGUCUGGGCAGCACCGGUCGAACAUGGUUUAAAGAAGACUUUUUUCUUCUAUUUUUUUUUUUUUUCCUGAUACUGAUUUUUUUUUUUUUUUAAAUUUAAAUUCCCGAUGCAGAGAGAAACUGCCUGCAGGCUGGUACAUUACCACCACAUCAUGAGGUCUAUGGAUCAAGAAGAACCGACUCCUCAUAAAACCAACAGCCCACCCUCUGGAGCUGCAUACGCUCAUGAUGUCUUGGACUGUGGCCUCAAGCCAUGCCCCCUGCCUUUUCCUAGCCUUUCUGCAGAUCCCAUGGGCAGAUAUGGACAGCCAGAUAGCAUAGGGACAGCACCUACACACCCUGCCAACGCCGCAGGGGCCUCUGCUCCGAGUCCUAGGAUUGAAAUUACUUCAUAUCCUGAACUGAUUAAUUCAGGGGGUCCCUUCCGCAGCAGAGACACAGAUGUUCUUUUGGUAGAACAUCAGUCAAACUCAGCUACCGCUAGCCCAAGGGUUACCCUGCCUGUCCCUGGCUUUGAGGGCUACAGAGAACCACUGUGUCUGAGCCCAGCUAGUAGCGGCUCUUCUGCAAGUUUCAUUUCAGAGACAAAUUUAUCUCCUUGCACAUCACCAUGUGUUUCACCAAAUAAUGGUCCUAGUGAUGACCUUUGUCCGCAGUUUCAAAACAUCCAUACUCAUUAUUCUCCUAGAACCUCUCCAAUAAUGUCACCACGAACAAGCAUCACGGAGGAAACCUGCUUGGGACAACAUUCACCAUCACCACGUCCCAACUCAAGGUCUUCAUCACCAGGUGCAAAACGGAGGUACUCUUGCACUCAGCAGCCUUCCACUUCUCCACGACAGUCAAGGACCCCCUCUCCACAAUCCUCUCCGCGCAUCCCCCUGACGGAAGACAGCUCUACGGUUACUUACACGCAGUUGUCCAGCGCUCCUCUUUCCAUGGAUGCUAUGAACAGCCUUCCUACAGAUCCUUCCUGUGGUGUUCCCACGAAAAUUUGGAAAACCAGCCCUGACCCUUCAUCAAUGCCUUCCCACAAAAACAGCAUUCCGUGCCACGUCUUUCAGACCGUUGACUUCCACGGGCCCUGCGAGCAGGAGGACAGGAGAAACUCAGCGCCAGAAUCGAUUUUGUUGGUUCCUCCAUCCUGGACAAAGCAACUGAUGCCAGCAAUACCUAUCUGCAGCUUGCCCGUCCAGUCGCUCCCGCCCCUCGAGUGGCCGCUCUCCAGCCAGUCUGGCUCCUACGAGCUGCGCAUCGAGGUGCAGCCCAAGCCCCACCACCGCGCGCACUACGAGACCGAGGGGAGCAGAGGGGCUGUCAAGGCCCCGACUGGAGGCCAUCCUGUCGUCCAGCUUCACGGUUACAUGGAGAACAAACCCUUGGGUCUUCAGAUCUUCAUUGGGACAGCAGACGAACGGAUACUGAAACCUCAUGCUUUCUAUCAAGUCCAUCGCAUUACAGGAAAAACUGUCACCACCACCAGCUAUGAAAAAAUUAUUGGCAACACCAAAGUUUUAGAGAUCCCACUGGAGCCCAAAAACAACAUGAAAGCAACCAUUGACUGCGCGGGGAUUUUGAAGCUGAGGAAUGCGGACAUCGAGCUGCGUAAGGGCGAGACUGACAUCGGCAGGAAGAACACCCGCGUCCGGCUUGUCUUCCGCGUGCACAUCCCUGAGUCCAGCGGCCGCAUCAUCUCUCUGCAGGCAGCAUCAAACCCCAUUGAAUGCUCCCAAAGGUCUGCUCAUGAACUUCCAAUGGUUGAAAGACAAGACAUCGAUAGCUGCCUCGUGUAUGGAGGGCAACAGAUGAUCCUAACAGGACAAAAUUUCACAGCAGAGUCCAAGGUGGUAUUCACAGAGAAAACUUCAGAUGGGCAGCAGAUCUGGGAAAUGGAGGCUACAGUGGAUAAAGAUAAGAGCCAGCCUAGCAUGCUUUUUGUAGAAAUACCGGAGUAUCGGAACAAGCACAUUCGCACACCUGUGAAGGUGAACUUCUACGUCAUCAAUGGUAAAAGAAAAAGAAGCCAACCCCAGCAUUUUACCUAUCACCCAGUACCGUCAAUCAAAACAGAGCCCAUUGAUGACUAUGAUCCAGCCUUAAUCUGCAAUACAGUACACAGUGGUCUGGGAACAGUAACACAGCCGUACUAUUCACAGCACACAAUGGUCACCGAAUCCCCUUCCUGUCUUGUGGCCACUAUGGCUCCCUGCCAGCAGUUGCGCUCAGGCCUUUCUUCUCCUGAUUCUCGAUACCAUCAGCAGAAUCCAGCUGCAGUAGUAUACCAAAGGAGCAAGAGCCUUAGCCCAAGCCAGCUGGGCUACCAGCAAUCCAGUUUGAUGGCUACACCGGUUGCUAUUUCAGAUGCCCAUAGGUCAGUGCUAGUGCAUGCUGGUUCCCCAGGCCAAACUUCAGCAGUGCUCCACCACUCUCCAAGCAACCAGCAAUCUUCUCCGGUGAUUCACUACUCUCCAACCAACCAGCAGCUGAGGUGUGGAAGUCACCAGGAAUUUCAGCACAUCAUGUGCUGUGAAAAUUUUACAUCCAAUGUUGCAAGACCAAGCCAGCCCCAAGUCAGUCAAGCGCAAAGAUUAAGUCCGAGUUCAUAUCCUACCGUGAUCCAGCAGCAGACAGCUUCAGGCCAGCGAGCAGCAAAAAAUGGACCACCAGUCAGCGACCAGAAGGAAGUAUUACCAGCUGGAGUCACUAUUAAGCAGGAGCAGAAUUUGGACCAAGCAUACCUGGAUGACGUUAACGAAAUUAUCAGGAAGGAAUUUUCUGGACUCCCUGCCAGAAAUCAGACAUAGAAGAAGAUUUGUGAGACAACUUCUACCAAAUCCUUCCAUAACUGACCUCUUAGAUCCUUCCAGUGCCCCUGCAACCUCCUGCUUCCUUAACUGUUCAUCUCAAGGCACCAGUUCAGUGCAAGGAACAAUGUAUUGGCAUCAAGCUGACAGCCUUGACUAAGCAACUCGCCACCUCUCUCUGUAAACAUGGAAAAGGGCACCCUUCCUUUCGUCCAAAGAUCACAUUGUUCUCAUGUAACAGAGCAUCUGUCUGAGGAAACACUUCAAGCCUGCUGCAAAGUAUCUAGCUAUGUAUGGAUCCAUCUAUCUCAGUAAUAAGGGAGAAGUAAGAUGGCACUCCUGAACGCCACACAAAGCGAGGGAGGUUAUAUAUUAGUCUUUAUUUGGGUGGGGUGGGAAACAAGGGAAGAAAGAGUAAUAUAUUCCGUAAAAGGACAGCAGCUUUGUGCAGCUCACUAACAAUGACUUGCCUUCCAGGUCGCAAAGCCCUUCUAAAAAAUUUUGUUGUAGGAAACGGAGGCAGCUCAAGCUCACUCUGCCUUUAUUCAGACUGGGAGCAGAGGCUGUAUUUUCUGACCCUGAGCACCGUGAUCGGUAUUUCAAGCAGUAGACGUCAACCAAAUCCGGAGUUUUCGCCAUUUUUUCUUGUCUGAAUGGACAGGAAUUUGACGGAGAAGGAUGCUCACAGAGCGCCAGCGAAAAGAGCAAUUCAGCAGCUGUUACACCUGUCUCAAGGUAAAUGAAACCCACACAAACAGAGAUGAAUAUGUAAGAGUCACAGUAAACCCAAAGAUUUUUAUGGCCGAUCCUCAUUCAUAUUUAGGCAGUGUAUGAUCACAUCUUACAUGUUUUCUCCCUAAUAAAUGACUGCUGUUUCUUCUCAUGUAGAACCUGCUGUUGACUGGUACCUUGUCUCAUGUAGCAGCUGUAAUGUUUAACCACACAAGCUGCAGAGGAAAAUAAUUGCAUUUCACAGAAGCUGUAUGUUCCAAAAAAGCGUACACUUACUUAUAUAUACUUUGUCUCUUUAGCAUUGCAAAGCUACCAGCAGUUUCUGGAAAGGUUAAAAUUCCAUCUGAGUUAGCAUGUUUGUUACAUUUUGCUUUGUGCGUUUGAAUACAACGUGCUGACAAAUGCUUAUGAUGGCAAGAGAUAACCGCAGCCUGCAGCCCUGCAGCUUGCAAGUUGGUAACGUUUCGGUGCAUCUCUGGUACUCCAGCGGGAUGAAAAUGCACCCGAGUGGCCAAUCCCUGCAGUAAGAGGCUGCUGCACUGUGGGCAGCAGUGGUUUGUGAGUGACAAAAGCUGUCUUGUUGUGAGCACCGAGCCCGAGCUCUUUGUAGAAAACACAGCGAACCUGCCCCGUUCUCAGCUGCUUCACAGCAAACUUCGCCAGUGCGCCCACGUGCUCACAGCAGCUGCUGGGUUAUGUGAAUAGCGAGGACCAGCAGAGCAGCUGCCUGGUUUGUUCCCCAGUGCUGCAGGAAAGAUCUUGCAUCAAUCCCACAGACUUCUGCAGGAAUAAAACAGGCUGCAGUGCCUUCUGUGUAGUUUAGUUAUUGAUCGUUAAACAGCACUUACACUGUAUAGCACUUCAGAUGGUUCACCCUCCUCAGAUGAGCUACUUUUUCAAUUGUUUUUAACCUGCCAUCUUGUCGGAAUCUGCCAUCCGUUAUGGAUUUUUAAUGCAUUUUUAUGGAUUUUUCAUUUUGAAAACCUUCUAAUGCCAACAGUUGCCUGUCAGAAAUUCUUUACUGCAGCUGAGCCCAAAUGGGUCUCUUGGCUUGGAAGUACAAGAAACGGCCAUCUAGCUUUCCCUGAUCCAACCUGUAAGGAUAAGAUAGGAGAAAUUAAAAAAACGAAACCAAAAAUCCAUUCACAGAAAACCCAAGUCCCCAGGUAACUGACAGCGACAGUUCUUUUGCUGGAUUUCAAACGAAAUACCAAAGAACGUGAGCUCCUUUUCACGUCUCCGGCCUGAAACUCCCGCCGCUUUCCUGGUGGCUGUCGGUAGCGCUGGCCGUGGCAGUGCCCUCAGUGCGGACGGACUCGUGCCCUCGGUCGGAUGCCGCGCACCGAAGCCCCAGCGGCCUCCCCACAACGUGCAGCUGCACUGCGUGUGUUCGUGCUCUGGACUGGUUUUAAUUUUCAUUUUUUUGCCGCUGUCUCCCAGCGAUCAUUUAAGCAUCCUUCUCCCCUUGUUGCUCUGAGGCAUGAACGUAUAAAGCAGACAAGAACGGCGUGGGCCCUUACGAGAGGCAGCGAGCGCUCAGCGGGAGCCGGGCCGGCCGAGCCCCAGCCCUGCAGGGCCCCGCUGCCGCUCCUGGGCCGUGAUGGGGAGGGUCGGGUGCGUGCUGCACAGGGUGUUCCUCUGGGCAGCUUGCUAUGGAGAGUGGGAGAGAGGUUUUAUAUAUAUCUAUAUUUAAUAUAUGCUACAAGUGCUUUACUCGUGCUUGCACUAGCUGUAUUUCCUCCUCAUUUUUAAAGGCAUAGAUACUAAUCCGGAUGUGUGUUAGCGUAGGGGCAUAUACAUGUGUAUUUAUAUGCUAUAACCACGUAAGUGUAGAUGGCUAUAGAUAUGUGUAUGCACAUCCAUCCGUGCUUCUUCUGAACACACGUGCCGUCACAGCUCUGGGCCACGAUCCCGCAGCUGGCCCCAGCCAGGGGCCUCCAGGCCCAGGCCUGCAGCGCCGCACGGAGCCAGCAGCUGGAGCGAGGUUCCUAUGGUGUAUGUGACACAGACUGCAUCCUAGUGGCUUUAUUUACUGCUACAUCGGGUCAGGCUGUGCUACUCUCACCUGCUCUUACAUCAACCGUUAGUUGCAUAGAACAGCUUUAACCACUUGAUAUUUAUUUCUGGAGAGAAGGAGUAUCCUCGGACAUAGCGUUAUACAUUGUUGUCUCUUUUUAGGAAGAAAACAGAUAUGUUACAGAUAUAUAGCUAGGCUGAAGAACUUCAGAAUAUGCAGUACUAAAUUAUUUCCUGUUCUCGCUGAGCAGCGUUCCUCCAGUAUUAAUAUUUUGUUGUGUAACACACCUUGCUCUCUGUCUGUAGAAGCAUUAGAUUAACCUCGGAAGAGUUAAUUGCAUUCUGUGAGUAAUUUGUUCUCACUUUAUCUGGAAGAUAGCCAUAUUUGCACAUGAGGGAAUUCUGUCUUUCCUCAGUUAUCUGAAUGUUUCACCACAGUGCCUUCCUGCCAUUGUACCAAAGGCCUCCAAAUAUAUUGUCUGCAGGGUGAACAACUCUAAUGCAUUUUCCAUCAAAGUUAUACCAUGCGAAGUACGUGGGGCUCAUUGGAACUCCAAGUUCAUCUCUUUCUUUUUUCUGUGCGUGUGUGCAUUUUUUUUUACUCCGUUUUUUCCAUCCAAGCUUUGGCUGCAAGUACAGGAUGAGCUUCUAUAAACGUCUGCAUCAAAUAUAUGAAUGCGUAAAAUAAAACCAUCAUUCAUGAUGUGUAAACAGACUGAGAGUGGAAUGGGAGUGGACAGAUAGCAGGGAGAUUUUUUGGUGUCAGUUAUGAGUGUUGGAAGUACAGUUUGCCAGGAGAGGAAUUGCUCGUGAAGAUACUUGCAAUGAAAUACAAAGUCCCGCUUUUGUUUUUCUCCAUGAGAAUAAGCAAAAUGUGAGAUGUGAACUGCGAUGGAAUGAAAGUGUCUAAUGCACGUGUUUUUAUUGGUAGAAAGAAUGUAGAAGAGCCUUGGGUUUUGCACUUGCUUUAUUUGUAUCCAUGUAAAUAUGUAUCACUUCCAUUCUUCCUGUAGGGAUACAGCGUUUUCUGAAUGUAGAAUAUUUCCAAAAACAGCACUAUGUUAUUCUCCAUUGUAUAAAAUGCUGCUGCUUGAUAACAUAUCUAAGACAGUUCUCAAAUUAGCUAGCAUGUUUUUAAAGUGUAUUUUGUAAUCUGUAUCUUUACCAAAAAGAAGUGUCUAUGCUUUUGGUCUGGCCAAAUCUGCAGCGCCUUUUGGAUUAAGGAUUGUAUUUAUAAAGGAUGGAUUCUCAUUUUUGAUGUGCAUUAAUUCUCUAUGCAAUUGUUGUGGAACUGUUAUUGCCCCCCAAAGUUGUAUUUGAUCCAUUUUCCAAAGACUUCAAAGUCAGCUUUAAACACUUCAGAAGCGUGUUUCUAAACAUUUCAAUCUGACUUUUUGUCCCCGUAUUUCUUUCCAAAUUGCUUUUUAAUAGAGAACAAUUAUCUGCCAGAUGGGAUUCAGGAAAAUGACUCUCAUCUUAUUUUCAGAUCUUGAAUUGAUUCACAUCGUGGUAAAUCUUACACCACGUAAGAUCACCUGAUGUUCCAGUUUCCUGCAGUUCUCGUGGUAGUUUACAUGACACAUGGUGAACUGCAGAUUCCCCAGAAAUUGACUGUUCUCAUGGUUUACAUCUCGAUGAUUUCAUACGUGCACGCGUGAGGCAUCUCACAAUGACGCAUGGGAAAUUAUAAUCCUUCAUUCAUCUCAGUUCAGGAUGAAGAAUCCACCUUUUUGGACAUUGGCAUCUGUCUUUCACGUCUGCUACUUUAAUCACUGCAGCAGGUGACAGCCACUGAUAAUCUCUUUAACUACCAGUCAGUAAUUAAUCCAUUAUGGUCUGUUUAAGAGUUGUUUAGCCAUUUUCCUUAUUCCUGGUGCACAGAAAGUAAAUAGAUUGGGACCUAACCAACAUCGCAAUACGAAUUUGAAGUGAAGAUGCUGACAUUCCGAUAGAUCAAAUGAGCGGUCACCUGGGAAAGAAGUUAAUGUUGAAGUUUCUUUCCAACAACUCUCUUAAGGUAGCCAAAUGGGGCAGAAAGUUCUAGAAUGGCUGAGUCACAAAGUGAAUAACGCUCAGUGUGUCUGCAGCACUCCAGGCACCCCCAGCUGUGUGCUGGAGGAAUGACCAGCCAUUCUUCAAGAGCUCUAAGGACUGAACCGCCGCCGUUGCGGCUUUGCUGCCAGCCCCUGUACACAGGCAGCGUGGCGAGAGCUGGGGACGCGGAGCCAGGGCUCUGGUCAGGCUCAGUGGGGCUGGCCUGGCUGGCAGCUGUGAUGACGAAGUGUUCCCCCGCCUCAGGACGCCCAGGUCUCCUUGCUGAAUCCCGACCCCCCGUGUCCAGGCAAAUCCCUGUUAGCAGACAUUCAUGCAAGUAAGCGAUCAUCUCUCAGAUCAUUCUAACAGAUGUCUUUUUAUUCAAACUCUUUGUUCAAAAGCCUAACUUUAACAACUGAAAAAGAGUUUAUAUCACUUACAUUCCUACAACAACAUGGUUAACCUCCAAUGUAAUUUUUUUGCUAUCGUCUGUAAAAUAUUUUUAUAUAUUGCCUGUACUGUGGUAGUUUAGCAAUAAAUGAGAGGAUAUCAUCUGCUG